AUGGAAAAUAUGUUGGGAGAAUUAGCGACACCUGAAUUUCUUCAAGCAUGGGCAACUGCCUAUGGAAACUUGGCUCGGUUGUUGAUCAACGCCGAGGAUACUUGUUACCAGAAACAACCUUGGAACGGGUUCAAGGAAUUCACCAUUGAAAAAAUACAAAAUGAAGCAAGCGAUGUGAAAUCAGUCUAUUUUUCACCAACCGAUAAAAGUGCAAUUGCAACUCCUCAGAGAGGUCAGUAUGUCUGUAUUCGUUGGAAACUUCCAGGGCUGGAGUUUGAAAAGAGUAGAGAGUAUUCUCUUUCUGAAUUUCCAACAGAAAACCCUUAUCGAAUUUCCGUCCGCAAGCUUGAAGGUGGACAGAUUUCCAGCCAUAUUCAUGAACAACUUAAAGUCGGUGAUAAAAUCAGAGUAGCUUCACCAGGUGGUAGCUUUACUUAUCAUGAAAAUGACCCAAGUGUGGAAAUGUUGGUUUACGUUGGAGGCAUUGGAAUUACACCACUUGUCAGUAUUAUUGAGCAAGCU